UCACCAUAACUCCUUUCUGUCAUACCGUUAGUCUGUGUUUUUUGUUGAGUCCGCGGUCCACGCUGGCGGGCACCAUUCCGCCCAAAGGAGACGAGGACUUUCUCGCCCUGGCUACCUCUCGGAUCAGCCGCCGCAAGCGCGUUAUAGGGGCGGCGGUGGGCGUAGCCAUGGUUCUUAUUCUCCUGGUGGCCAUACCUCUGUUGGUCCACAGCACGAAAGGGGGAGGAGCCGGAAGUGCAGGAAGUCGUUAUGAAAUGCUUGGCAGUUGCCGGAUGGUCUGUGACCCCUACACCCCUUCACAACAUGGCCAAGAAUUGACGGCUGUCUCCCCGCCACCCCCCGAUUUCAUGAACCGAAGAGGAAAAUCUGCAUACAGGGGGCCUCCAGGACUCCCGGGACCACCUGGACCCCGAGGACCUCCUGGAGAGCCAGGAAAGCCUGGCCCACAGGGACCCCCGGGACCUGGUCCUAAUGGUUAUGUGCCCUCUUUCUACAGCCCGAAGAUUGCUUUCUAUGCAGGCCUGCGCAAACAGCAUGAGGGCAGCGACGUGCUCAAGUUUGACGACGUGGUCACCAAUGUGGGCAACUACUAUGAGCCCAGCACUGGCAAGUUCACAUGCCCCCUCCCUGGUAUCUAUUACUUCACCUACCACGUUCUCAUGAGGGGAGGAGAUGGCACGAGCAUGUGGGCAGACCUCAAAAAGAAUGGACAGGUGAGGGCCAGUGCCAUCGCUCAGGAUGCCGAUCAGAAUUAUGACUACGCCUCCAACAGUGUCAUCCUGCACUUGGACGUGGGGGACGAGGUGUGUGUGCAGCUGGAUGGGGGGAAAGUCCACGGGGGAAACACCAACAAAUACAGCACCUUCUCUGGGUUCCUCAUCUACCCCGACUGACUGCUUUCAGGCCCUGCCGUCUCGCCACCCUGAGAUGCUGCUCAGAACACACACGCACAC